CGUGUUGAACGAUCAGUAUGUUUUGCAUUUUCGAAUACUACGGUAGAACAUUAUAGGCUUUAUUCCACGUAAAUAUCAACACAAAAUGCAAUAUUUAAUUAAUCAACCAUUUAGCACAUCAAAAUGUCUGUAACAGAUUUAUGGAAACGAAUAUGGCUUUGUUCGUUAUGCAUGGUUUUCUUAAUAUUCCCGCUGAUUGACACAAGUGAUAUAAAACAAUUGACGUUUUGCGAACAGAAAUCUGCACGCAGUUUAUUAUUUAUAAGCACUUUAGAUGGAAAGAUAUCUGCUUUGGAUGCUAAUAAUUCUGGAAAAAAGCAAUGGACAUUAGAUUUGAACGAAGGACCUAUGUUAUCAUCAAGCAUUCAUCGCAGAGAACUUAACAAUAAUGGACAAUGGAUUCGUUUAAUUCCCUCUUUAAAUGGUGGAUUAUAUAAAUUUGAUGGUGAAAAUUUAGAAGCAAUACCAGUAACAGCAAAUCAACUGUUACAUUCAUCUUUUCGUUAUUCUGAUGAUUUAGUGUUUUCUGGUGGCAGAGAAGUUAAAUCAUAUGGUAUAUCAAGUACAACAGGAAAGAUUUUAUAUGAAUGUGGAAUUAAUGGCUGUACUAAUAGCACUCAGAAAGAAGCUUUUGUCGAACAAGAAAUGCUAAUUGUCCAAAGAUUUCAACAGACUGUGAGAGCAGUUGAACCUAGGACCGGUAUUGAAAGAUGGAACUUCAGUGUUGGACAGCAUGAUUUAACACUGGUCCCUCAAUCUGAUGUUUAUUGCCAAAAUAAAGUUCAAUCUCAUAAUUUAGAUAUUGAAAUUAAAGUUGUUAUACCUGAUGGUUUGAUCUGGGCUAUUAAUAAGAAUAAUCCUACAGUGAAAUUAUGGCAACAGAAGUUUGACUCUCCGAUCGUUUCUAUAUGGCGUGAAGAUGCAAAUACAAUACGUGGUGAAUAUAACAAUUUAAAAGAGAUUAAUUUAUUUGAUAGCAAACAGUGGUCAUGGGGUACAGAGUUUUCAACCAGUCCAGGUAUUUAUUUAGGUAUGCAUGACAGGCAGUUAUACAUACAAGAAAAUGGAGAAUUACAUAAAUCAUUAGAAAUUUCACAAAAACAUGUGCAGCACUCAAAAUACCCAUGGCAACCUUAUCCUGCUGUUGGUCAUGCAGUUAAAAAAACUCUUCCUAGUCCAACAAAUGAUAAUAAUGACGAUGCUUUACUUCAAAUAAGCGAUGCACAAAGUACCACUGCAUUGUCAGUUUUAUAUAAUUCAGAAUAUGUGAACGGAAAUGGAUUCUAUUUGUAUUCUAAAGAUCAAUUGCAAUUAGGUAAUGACAAACAAUGUGGUCACAAAAAUCCAAUCCUACUGCUUAUUGAUAAAGAAGAAAAAGUGUAUAUAUCAAAUGAUACUCAUGGAGAAGAUGAUGAUACGCCUGUCCAAAUUAUAAUUGUAUCAUUAUGGUAUUGGUGGAAGGAAGUUUUAGUAAUUUCAAUUACCACUGCAAUUUUACUUAAUUUUAUGUUAACGCAACGUCUGUUAAAUGCCACCACUGUUGCUAAAGAUGCGGUACUUCCGCCUUUAAUAGUUGAACGCCAUAUAGAAAUAAAUAAAAGCAAUAUCCAACCAUUUAUCCAACAAAGUGAUGAUGGAAAGAAUAGCGAUGAUUUCAAAUCACGUUAUCUCACUGAUUUUGAGCCAGUCGAUUGUUUAGGUAAAGGUGGUUAUGGCGUCGUUUUUGAGGCAAAGAAUAAAAUAGACGAUUGUAAUUAUGCUAUUAAAAGAAUUGCUCUACCAAACAGUAAAUAUUCAAGAGAGCGUGUAAUGCGAGAGGUGAAGGCAUUAGCUAAAUUAGAUCACCAAAAUAUCGUAAGAUAUUUUAAUGCAUGGCUAGAAUGUCCACCGGCUGGUUGGCAAGAGAAACAUGAUCCUCAAUGGAUGAACAAGCUAAUGUCCCCGAAUUCUGAAUUUACUGCUGAUAUUACUCCUUCGAAUACGAAGAUUAAUAAUUCUGUUUGUAUUAAUGUUACUCAAACAGAUCAAUCAUCAGUGGAUAGUGCUUGCGAGGCAUAUGAAAUAAAUCGUAUCGAUUCAAACGAGGAUUCUUUUAUUAUUUUUGAGAAGCCUCAUUCAGUAGGUUCAAAUGAGGAUAUAAUUAAUAUUCGUAAUUGUAGUAGCGGAAGUUCUAAUACAUCUAUUUCAAACAACAUAGUAGGAAAAGAAUUACCCACAACUAAUGAUUCAGAAAGCAUCGUGUUCGAGGACACUGAAAGUAAACGCUCAGAGAAAGAAAAUAAAAGAAAGCGACAAGCAUCGUUUUCUUUAAAUUUGAACAAAUCAAAUUCAUGUAAAUCUCCAAAAAUGUUCCUCUAUAUACAGAUGCAACUGUGCCAAAGGUUAAGUCUUCGAGAAUGGCUUAAAAUACAAUCAACAAGGGAUUAUCGUCGGGUAUUAAAUAUAUUUCAACAAAUAGUUGACGCUGUCGAGUAUGUUCAUUUGCAAGGACUCAUUCAUCGUGAUUUAAAGCCCUCAAAUAUAUUUUUUUCCUUCGAUGAUAAAAUAAAAGUUGGUGAUUUUGGUCUUGUAACUGCAAUGACGGAAGGUUACGACGAGGCUCACACUCCUGCAGAAAAUGAAGAUAUAACUUUGAAAAACAGUUUACAUACCGCGUAUGUCGGUACACAUCUUUAUAUGUCCCCUGAGCAGAUAAAUGGGCAGGGCUAUAAUUACAAAGUUGAUAUUUACUCCUUAGGGAUUAUUUUAUUUGAACUCCUUAUUCCAUUUGUUACUGAAAUGGAGAGAAUAACCACUCUCAUAAAUUUAAGGAAAUCAGUAUUUCCAAAUAAUUUCGGUAAUGAUUAUCCAUCCGAGCAUAAUUUGUUGAAUAUGAUGUUGGAUGAAAAUCCUAACAAAAGACCAACAACAUUCGGUAUCAAGGCGAAAGCACCAUUAUUGAAUGAUGAAAUAGCCAAUGGAUUUGGUACAAGUGAAGAUACAAAAUGGCAUUUUGAACUGCCUCAAUUAACAAGACAUUCCUCUGUAAUUAGUAGCAGUAGCAAUGAUUCUUAGGACAACAGUUAAAUAAUUAUACCUCUCUGAUUGAUGUAACCACUGGAUGUAUACCUGAACAUGGCUUAGAGAAACAUUGACGAACUUCAGAAGCAGAACCAGAACAGGAUGUUCCAUUACCACUUGGAGAGGGAUUAUUGCACAUUCGAUUUCUUAACUGUGUACCUAUUCCACAGCUUGAGGUGCAAGCUGUCCAUACUGUCCAUGAUGACCAGAUUCCAUUUACUGAUGAAAACAUACAUAACUUCAAUGAAGAAAUGAAUUUUAUCUCGUGUAAAAUAAUUUUCUUACUGGAGCACUUAUUGAUCGAACAACCCUUUAUUUCUUCA